ACAAGCAUUCAAAUUUAUUCAAAAUGGCCGAUUCUACAGUCUACCAGGCCAGCACCACUGCGCCCGUCAACAUUGCCGUCGUCAAGUACUGGGGCAAGCGUGACCCCAAAUUAAACCUUCCCACCAAUUCCUCCCUCUCCGUAACCCUUUCCCAAUGCGACCUGAGGACUCACACCACCGCCGCCUGCUCCUCUUCCUUCGGAUCCGACGACGCCCUCAUCCUAAAUGGCUCACCACAGGAUGUCUCCGGCGCACGCACGCAAGCCUGCUUCCGCGAACUGCGCUCACUCCGCGCCGCCCUCGAGGCCGCCGACCCCUCUCUCCCCAAGCUCUCCACAUUGACACUGAAGAUUGUGUCCGAGAACAACUUCCCCACCGCUGCUGGCCUCGCCUCCUCCGCUGCCGGAUUCGCUGCUUUGGUCCGCGCAAUCGGCGACCUGUACCAGCUCCCAGCAACGAAGACCGAGCUUUCGAGAAUCGCCCGCCAAGGCUCUGGCUCGGCAUGCCGCUCCCUCUUCGGCGGAUACGUGGCGUGGGAUAUGGGCUCUGCGGCUGAUGGAUCGGACUCCCAGGCUGUUGAGAUUGCGCCAGCCUCGCACUGGCCCAAUAUGCGUGCCUUGAUCCUCAUCGCCUCUGCUGAGAAGAAGGGCGUGUCCAGCACGGCUGGCAUGCAGACUACUGUUGCAACAUCCGAGCUUUUCCAGCACCGCGCGAAGGUUGUGGUGCCAAAGCACAUGGAGGAUAUGAUUAAGGCUGUUAAGGACAAGGACUUUGACCUGUUCGGCAAGGUUACGAUGAUGGAGAGCAACAGCUUCCACGCUACGUGCUUGGAUACCUUCCCACCCAUCUUUUACCUCAAUGAUACCAGCAGAGCGGCGAUCAGAGUGGUUGAGGCGAUCAACGAGAAGGCUGGCAAGAUUAUUGCGGCAUAUACGUUUGAUGCUGGGCCAAACUGCGUUAUCUACUUUGAGGAGGAGCAUAUGGCUGAGGUUGCGGGAGCUAUCAAGUCUGUGUUGGGCUCUGUUGAGGGGUGGGGGGGUAAGGGAGCGGAGGUUAAGACGAGUGAUGCGGCGCAUUUGGAUGAGAGGGCAGUGAAGGCGCUGCAGGAGGGACUUAGCCGCGUCAUCUUCACUGGUGUCGGUGAGGGACCCAUCAGUGUCAAGGAGAGUCUGUUGAAGUAAAGGGGUAUAUAGAGUCGCUGUGACAGAGAGGAGAAGGGUAUCUUGAUAAGUGAUACCAGCGUUUUAGCAUCAUUGCAUCAUUAAAGGUAUAACAAGCAGACCAAAAUAUAUAUGAGAUUUCUGGGCAGGUCG